GAACUGUUAAUGUUGAGUGAGAAGCCUGUCAUAAAGUCGGAGUUGAAUCCAAAAAGAAUUCGUUUUUUUUUUUUUAUCUGUAUUUUCAAAUGGCACUGUAAAUCCAAACUGCAAUAUCUAACAUCCAACUUUCUUUUUGUAAAGCAAAGCAAGUCUGCCUUAAAAUGUGUUUUGAUGGAGGACAUUUUUUUAAUUUCAUGAGUCAAACAAUUUCCACCACUAGUUUUGGACUUGACGGAUAUGAAUAUUAAAUGAGUACGGCUGCAAAAAAAAAUGCUGAUUCCUAUACGAAUAUAGUUUGUACGACUUACUCCAAACCACGUCGAGUCAUUUAAAAAGAAAAGCAGCAGAAAUUCAACUUUUAAUGUCAUUGUCCCUCACUGCGCACCUUUUAUAACCAGAGGCAAACACGCUUCCACACAUAGCGCAACACAGCAAGCAAUCCUACGCUAAUUACCUUCCAAUUAGAUUUACUAUUAUUCCCUAAUAACCUAACUGGAGCAGGCUAAUCAUAUGUUUGAGUCAUGCUCUAAUGCAAUCGGGCCCAGCGUGGGGUCAAACUCAAUUUGGUUUAGCGACAGCGCGGCUCAAGCGUUCAGCGGCCGCACCACGCCGCGCCGGGACGGAGGAAUUAACAUCCUCCAGAGCUCGUCCUUCUCACCAUCAAUUGUUCCGUAUUGUCAGAAGCCUGAUAGUGACACAGUGUAAUAACACUGUAGACACCGAAUACAUUAACACACCCUCCUCUAUUAAUCAUUUAAUACAUUUAUGAAUGAAUUAUGCAGCAGCAGAUAUGCACAGGGAGGGUGGAUGUAGAAACUCUGUGUUACGGCGCUGAAAAAGCAGGAGACAAAUGUGUUGACAUUUCAUUUAUUUCAUUUAAAUGCACAUAAUGCACGUAUCACUGCGAGGAACAAUGAAUUGAUCCGGCUAAGAAGUAGAGUGUGAGUAUCCUUAGCCUGAUAUAUUAUUCCUCUGUGCCACAGAGUCCCAUUGUUGUUGGGAAACUAUUAAAAAUGAGCCACAUUGUUGCACUUAGAGACACUUUUUGACUGCCUCACACACACACACACACACACACACACACACACACAUUCAUGAAGAGGAAACCACAUAAACUGUCCUGCCCAAAGAUUUGCUCAUUAUGCUGCAAGUGUGGAUUUAUCUCUCACUGAAAAUAGUCCCAAACACUUAUUUUGUACCUUUUAAGAAACUGAGGUUUUAAGGGCUGACACACACAUAAACACAGCCACAUACACGAACAGUCUGCAUUAUUAAACUAGUGACAUUUCAUGAGGCAAAGGCAUGUCGUGUAUUCCACAGUGCACUGAAUAUACUUUGAUAUUCACUGAAUUUCAUUCGUACAAACACUGAAUAACGUGUGGAUUUGUGUGUAUGCCCAAGUAAUUCAGCUUUUCUGUUUGUUGAUCUGAGUGAAAGAGAAAGAUCCAGAAUAUCAAACUCACAACUGGUGGCCACACUUCAUCAAAUGGCAUAAAGCCUCUAGUCAGCAUAUGUCUGUGAUGAAGUGCUGAGAGGGGUUUUGACCGGGGCCUAUACACUUUAGCGCACACCCACGCGACUGCACAAAAGUCUCAACUUCAGCGACCAUUUCUCUCGCUCAGUGCUGAUACUUAUUCUGCUGAACCUCCUUCUAUUAUUUCUUUUGGUGUAUGUGUGCGAUGGUUGGUGUGCAUGAAGGUGCCCACACACAAGCGCCGUAAUCCCAUGUUCAUUCUGUUUAAAUGAAAAUUCUCAUUUUGUCAUGCAUAUACAUUCAAUCUCCUGAAGGGGAAAGAUGUUUGACGAGAGCAACAACCCAUAUUUAACCCAACAGAGCCUCUAGAUUGCCCAAAACAACCCGCAAAAGAUCUGUUCAUGCAGAAUGGAAAAGCCAUAUGUCAAAUUUAAUGCCUACGGACCUGAUACAGCCCACUUGGUCUUUCAUGUGGCCUCUCAUCAAACAUAUCUGGCUCAAAAUUGUAUUCAAUAUUACUUUAAAACGCACUGACCACAUUAGUUCCGAAGCAUACUGAUAGCAUGACCACGAAGACUCAUGGCCAUUCUGAGUGUUUAAACAAACAAUGAGAAAGAUGAAGGGUUAUAUGGUGAUGGGAAAAUGGAUGGAGGUUUCAUGGAGGAUCUACAAGUGUUCUACAUGUAUUUUAUUUUUCAAUUUAGAGUUUAAGAAAUAUGGUUUUGAAAAAAACAGUAGGGAAAAAAGCAAUCUCAUACCCUACCUUUAGGACAUGUUAAAAUUUCCAAAAGGGUCAUCAGUUACUUGACCUUUGGUGGGAAUUGUUCAACCUCACACACAUGCUACCUUCAUAAAUUCAUCACUUAUUCAUUCAUUACAAACGCCCCAAACUUGGAGCCCCAUAUGCUACUGAAGGAGCUGAAGUAUCGUGAGACAGUCUGCUGCAUGAUAUUGCUACCCAAAUUGCUAGUAUUUUCAUUCAGUUUCUGAGGUGGAAGAAAGUCUAGGAGGGGGGAAGGAGAAGAAAAAAAAAGUUCCCACCACAAGGCAACUAAAAGUAGAGUUACGACAAGCCAGAUGACAUCAUCACAGUCAGAAAUAUUUUCCCAUCAGAUUUGUGUGGAAGCCAGUCUGACAGCACAAAAAGCCUCCGCAACACUGUCUCUGUAUGAAACGCAGGCUCCUGUUGACAUUGGACAAUAGGCCGACCACUGUUACAUCAUUGUUAUCGUCGAAAUGUAAAAAUCAGGAAACUGGUCUAGGUUUCAGUUGACGUGGCUGCUGUGUUGCUCCAAACUUUAUUUCUUUUUUUCUCCUGUUACGAUCCCUCAAUACCUCUCCUAAAAAAGUUCCGUAUUCAGAGUCUAGCGUUGGUAGCUAUUAUUAUAUUUAUAGUAGGAUGUCCUUGGCUUAAUUGGUACCUGGUGGGUUGUUAAAUAUUAAGAGUGUCUUUGAAGAAAAGCAUGAUUUUUACCUUGAAGAUGAAAACUUCAUUUUCUUAAAGACAAUCAAAGACAGUCAAUUGAAGGACACAAUGGUCCGGGACAGUUAAAAAAAACAAAAAAAAAACCCAUACAAGCAGGUUCUUUUGUUUCUUCCCCGACUUUGCGAGUGUGGUUCCACCUUGCAGAGGACGAGCACCUUAGGGGAUGAGAGGAGGAGAAUGCCUAAUGUCGUCGCCCUGUCAAGCCUCGGGCCGCUUUGAUUCGCCUCUUUCUUCCUAAACGCCGCCUCACCUCGCCAGCAGGGACUGGCCCACGCUUUCAAAGUCACUUUUGCUGCCGAGUCAACCUGCCUGCACUUUGCUAAAAAGGACUCCUGGUGUCUCCUCCUACGGGCGGUAUCUCCUUCUCACUGUCUCACUCACUCGCCUUUAUUCAUCUUGUAUUUGUCCUUUUCACUCAGUGGAGAGCUUUUAAAAUUUCAUUGGCUUCUUUCAAGAGACACUGUGUGUGUGUGUGUUUUUUUUUUCUUCUGAUACAAAAUGCAAACUCUCCUGAACUCCUCCUCUGACCUCUGUCCUGCAGACGCCCCAAACCAAAAGCCAGCAGUUAUUCGGAAUAGAAAGAAUAAAUAUUUCAACAUGUUCAAACUGGCUUUGAUGCUGCGGUUUAACUUUGAAGCCUCAAUGUCACCGGCCUUUUAAGUUCACCAUCAGACUCGGUAGCACUCAGAGAGAGUAGAUGAAAAACAUCUAAUGUAUAUACAUCAUGCUCCUCGUAGGUGCGCGCCAGAUCACUAACAGAGAGGACAAACAACUGCAGGUGUCGUUUGCAUCAGUUCACAUGACAGCAGAGUGAGCGAUGGUCUCUGGUUUACAUUUCAGGAGAUGCUCUUCAACAUGCUUCUGUCUCUCACCUGAUGUGACACUCCGUGUUUGCAGUAAUUAAACGCCUCACGAGUUACAGGUCUGUUGAGCGACAGGGAUGGAGGGAAAGAGACAAAGUUGGAUUGAAGUGUUUUUGGAGUGGGUGUGAUGUGAUGCAUCCAUGAGAGACUGCUUCGGAAGAUUCACUUUGUGUGCCGGCUCAGUGGGCAAAUGACAAUGACAAUAGCUCCUGAAGUUGGAGGUGUAUCAAAGUCUCACUUUGUGUCCCUCUAUCAUAGAGUCCACUGAGUUUCCAUCCUACAGUUCAACCAUUGACGUCACCACCCUGAUAUUCCUCUAGUCUCACCUCCAUGUCCUAAUUCAUCACACCUAAGAACCUCAUUUGUGGUCUGGUCUUGUCCCCCGUCUCUGUCUCCCUCUCCAUAUAUCCAAGCCUCCUGAUUGGUCAUAACUUUGUCUCCAAACUUUUCUACACGAGCGCUUACUCUGAUGCACUCUUUUAAAGUCAUGUAUUGCACCCUGUCUGCACUCUCCUCUUCACCUCCCAUGAUCUGUGUCACAGGACUUUCAAUGACUGAUCAAAAAUACUUCUUCUUUGGUCCUCCUUCCUCUCUCUCUCAUUUAUACGUCUUGCAUGAACGUGCACGUCUUACACUCGCUAUCCUGCUUCUCCUUUUCCUCUUUACUCUCACCACAAAUCACUCUAUCAUCAGCAAAUAUAAUAAUUCACUGAGACUCCCCUCAUUUGUCUUUCAUGAAAUUUGUCUUCCUCAAUUAUACAUUUAGCUCUUUCCUCUCACUCACCAUUUAGCACAGAUAUUGAAAGUAAAACCUUGACCAAUAUAAACACCACGUCCUCCUUGCGAAUGUCGGAAUGUUCAACACACUUGUCACAAUACUUUACAGAUGGUGGGAGUGGCUGGUUGUCUGGUGAUUUUAUUAUUAUUGUUUUCAGCUCAUUACAGCUGAAAGUUUAUUCACCAUUGUGCUCCAUUAAACAUCUGACACUUGUGUUUCCAAUCGGCUCAUCCAACGAAAACAGAUCAACUUGUAGCUGCUGUGGAUGGAUACGCAAGUGCCAUUUGUGGUGGUAAGUGGUCCUGCGGCUCUGUCCUCAAGUCAUCUUUCCAAUACGAUUUGGUUGUGGGGCUGAAAGUGUGUUGCCUUCAUUGUUCUGAAUAAUUGAUGCUAAGUGAUCAAAAACGUUGACAGGCACAGACCUCUGUACAGCACAGCACGAGCAAUGGUGCUAACUAGCAUUGGUGCUAGCAGACUACCCUGUUUAAACCUUUUCUUCGAAGUGAGUCGGAUGCAGCUUGUGCCUCGUGGGCAAAGAUGCAAAGUGAGCCAUGAGAUACAACCCACUAUUACACCCUACAAGAGCAGAAACAUUGUUUUCUGCACGUCAUUGGCAUGCUGGAGAGUGACAAAUAGAAGUCUUGGAUCUUGAAUUAUUAUUGAAAUUGAUUUGUUCCUUCAGCGCUGCAACCGUAGGCUGCCGUUGCCGAUUGUUAUUGUGUCCUUCUGAGUGUAUUCUGACUUUGUGAAAUUCUGAGGGUUUCAUUAAAAAUGUCUGUGGUGAUAAAGGUUGAAUACCAUGCUUGAUUAAAUAUUCAACAAGACUGUAAAGAGCACGUACUGUAUGGAUAUAUGUGACAAAUACUGGUGGUGAAUACCCUUGGACAAGCACUAUCCUUCUUCUUCCACUGCUCCACUUCUCCAUCUUCUUCUCCUCUGCCCGCUCUUCCUCUUAUUCCCGCUCCUCGUCCUCCUUCUUCGGCCUCCUACUCACCUAUAUUCUUCAUGCUCUCCUUUACUGUGUAAACCGACGUCAGUGGGUGCUCACCACUACUUCUUUUUCCUGGUGUCUCCAGCCAUUUCCAACUCUAACGCCAUAGACUGCUCUCCAAACUUCUACAUUAGCUGUUCCUCUGAUUCUUCCUUCACACUCAAUGAAACCCUGAGUAUCUCCAAGUCUGCCUCCAUCUACUCUGCCUCUUGUCUUCACGUCAGUGCUACUGUCUCUCCACUAUACAUCAUGGCAUGCAUCAUCUCACUACCGUCCUAUGCCACUCUUUCAGUCACAGAUCACACCUGACAUGAAAAAAGGUCCCUAAAUAACUCAGAUCUUUUGGUUUAUAGCGAUGAAUUUCCUACAGCUGGUGAAUCAUGUGGCCUCUAUAAGUCAACAUCAGUAUAACACACUGCAGCACAAAAGAGAAACCUGAGCUUUUCUCAUUGCUGAAAGACUUUAAUUCAGUUAUUAUGAUCUAAGUUUCAUGCCUUUACUCAAUGGAUCGCAACAACUCUUUGCUCCUGAUAUCCAGUAUGAGUUCAUUUUUUAGCAUGUUAAAAUGCCUCAUGUAGCAAAGUCUACAUUGCGUAAAAUAUCCUGAAUGUCACGAUCGACCCCUUAUGUAUCGCCAUUAUUAUUAGGGUUGUAAAUCACAAGUUUCAUCCUGAUAAUACUGUAUAUAAUAUUGAUUGAAGGGGCUACGAGUUAGCUGUUUGCUGAUGCCACGCGGUCUACAGAGAUGCAACUAUGAUUGAGGAGGCAGGGAUCAAUGUGAGAUAGAUGAGCUGACUUAAAAUAAUCACUUCCAUUUAUAAUGUGACAUGCACAUCCAAGGAAAGUGUGAGAGGUGAUGAGUUUCGACUUCAAGUGUGUACCGCGUAAAUACACAAUCAGCUAUUGCCGUCUAUAGAUUAUAGACAGCAAUGGCAGAAAAGACGCCUGCAGGUUUGGGCUCAUGAGGACUCGCAUUCAUGCUGUCGCUUCUGACGCACAUUCAAACCGAUGACAAAAUGCUUUAUAAAUAUAUGAAGUGGUUUUUGUUUUGUUGUUGUUAACCACUCUUCUUUUUUUCUAAUGAGUUCAAUAUGGGGACAAAAGAUGAUAGGUUUAACAGGCAUAUGACAGCGGGAAGACUCCCCUAAAAUAUUUUCUAAUUUUCAUCAUGCAUCACAAAAUGAUAUUGAUCUGAGAGAAUCUUAGACGUGAUGGCGCCAGACCUCUGUGUCAGCACUGUGUCGACCAGCGCUUAUAGAAGAUAAGACUGCGUGAGUUUUCCAUGCAACUGCAUGACCUGAAGGAAAGAAGAGAACCAUUUUUUCUUGUAAUGUUAUUGCUCACUAUGGCGAACGUCCAAAUCAAGAACGCACCUAUAAGAACACACAGUUCAAGAUCUUUGUCAAACACGCCAGAGACAGCCCGGACUCCUGCGACUGAGCUUAGCUAGCAUCAACUUAAGAAUCCAGUGCUCAGUGCCCACCCACAAUAUUGAGCUCAGGCAGCAAGCAGCGAAUUUGGUGAGCAUCAAAAUUAUAUAUCUUGUAGCCGCCUGGGUCGCCUGAUAGCAUGCUCACCCUUUGCGUCGCAUGUAGCUGGUCUCAGAUGUUUUUUUUUUUUUUUGUGAACACACAUUAAUAUUUAUGAAUCAACUCCAGCUGGACUUUCUCAAGCCCCCCUCUCCGUUCGGAUCAUUCCUCCAAGCAUAUUGACGUGUAUUGACAUAUUUAAACCCCUGAUUUCUUUUUUUUUCCUUCAUGCCUCUGUGUUCAUUCAAAUGAAAACAGACAAGAUUGGCCUGUACAUCCGCUCCAGAGUCAUAUUUCAAUUCAUUAUAUAUGCCGAGAUGAAUAUCGCUUCGAAAAUGUGAUAGUGUUUUACAUUGUUGUUUAAUAAUUUAAAAGCUCCACGGAAGGUAUGUCCUCUCGAUUGCCACCUCAUUAGAAGUGUUAGACUUAAUGUAGCUCUCAAUAUAUCUGUCAGUAGAUUAUGAUAUAAAACCAAUAUGUACACAUGAGCACACACACACACACACACACACACACACACACACACACACACACUCCGGAAACAUUAGCUGUUGUACUGCACAGCGAGAGGGGAGCGUGCCGCUAAUAUCUUUAGAUAAUGAAACGUUACGGCGAGAUGAGAACCUGCGCGUCCCUUUUCCUGCUGGAUAAUUGUUAUCAUGCUGUAAAGGAAAUGAGAUGAAACUAUUUGUAAUGGUGCCAUUAUUCAGUGAUACCACUGACCUUCACCAAGACAAAUAAAGAUGAAACAUUCAACUCCAAAUGUUAAGAUUUCAAGGGCGCUUUAUUUCACAUGGAUGACAUUUAAAGUCACUUGGUGGUAUUUUGUGUAUUCCGUUCCCUUUUGGUGAACCUCCUAACAUCUUCGAGAAGCUCUGGGAAUAUGACAAAAUGCCACUUUUGGAGUGGUCAUUGUGAGGAAGAUCAGCUGAUAACAGGUCUCUCUUUUGACAGAUGUUUUGAGUUAUUUGGUACUUGUAGUGGUUUGUGCCUGUGACAAGCUGGUGGGCUGUGAAGCCUUUAAGAGGCACUUGGGGUGUCCCCGAUGGUUUAUACCAAACCCAUUUUUCAUUGCUGAUAACCACUCAAGCGGCUCAUUUUUGGUGCUGGUAGGGAAUUGUACUUAACAUUUUUAGGUUGCAUUAAAGUAAUGGAUCAUCAGUAUCUAAUAGCAGUUUCAACAAAAACUCAAUUUUAGUCACUUGUACUUUCACAUUUACUUCUUAUUCAUUUAAACUCAGAAAAGCCUCAAACAGAGAAAGUGUUGGCUUUAAAAUACUAAGAAAACGAUAUGAUGCAGAUUGGUCUGUCGCGCUAGCAGAAGAGGAAGUUUAUGAAGUGUUUAUUUUGAGAAACUGUGGCCAUUAUUAUCAACUGCACCAUCAAAGUAAAGUAACCGUCCAUUUAAGUCUGCUUGCUAACUUUCUUAUCCCCAGUGUCAACAGGAGGAAUGGAUGGAGAUGUGAAGAGAAGAAGAAAGUCAUUUCACUGAUGAGAACAUAGUCAGUUAGAUCGGUGCUUUUCAACCAGUGUGCCGCGGCACACUAGUGUGUCAGGUGCGACGUAGACAAUGAUCCAGUUUCACACAUUUUCGGGAGAUGACGGCGGACGAUAUGAUGACAUUAAAUGAUGAACAAUUCAAACCUGUUGACAAGCUACCAAUGCAAGGAGACUAUAGGGAUUUGGUCACAUUCUUUCUAUACACUACAGAUGUAUGCUGACGCUACUCGCCCAUCACUCGCAGAGCACAGUGUUGCGCACAAUGUCCAUCUUCCCACACACUGACAGUGAAGAAGCUGUGCCACUUCGAGUUGUUUUUAAACCUGAUGCGCCUCUACCUGUGACAACAAAGACAGUCUGCGCCGCAGAUCCUACAGCUAAUAUGACAUCUCCCUUCAAAACUUUAUUGACACUCGUAGACUUUGACAAAUUAAAAGGGAUUUUCUACCAGACUUUCAACUAAGUACAAUUGAGCUUUGGCCGACAUACCUUCGGUGACGUGCCCCAAGAUUUUUUCAAUGAACGAAGUGUGCCGUGGUUCGAAAGAGGUUGAAAAACACUAAGGAUAAGGUUUUGCCAUGGUCUUUGCCAUGUUUGCACCACUCUAAUUUAUAGUUAUUAUGGAUGAAUGAAUGAAUGAUGUGUUUUUUCAGGUGAAUAGUCAAAUAUGUGACCAAUGACAGCUAUUUAUAUAUUUAUUUAAAUAUUUUCAAAGCUCAAUCGGUUCUGCUCUUCCUGAGAUUUUGCUGAAAUAGAAGCAAAUUUAGACUGCAGCAUCUACAGUGCCCUAAAAUGGAGACACUGCUUCAUGAAGCUUCAUCACACGGGUCAUGUGCUGGUGCGGCUCUACUACAAUUAGGAUCUCUGCUUGCAUGUCGACCAGCAAACUUGAGCACUGUAGUCCUCACAAGGCAUGAUAUCAAGAUGCAUUGAUGGUGAAUCAGGCCUUGUUCAAAGUGACUAUCGGACUCAAAUCUCAGGCAACGUCCGUGUGUUUUAAAGCUCUUCUUAAGGGGCUUCUAUCAGGUUUUGUCAGUCACAUUUUUAUCAACCUCAGACUAGUAUUAUUACGUUACCAAUGAUUGAAAUGACUUUAUGGGGAAUAUUUCUAAACAAUAGCAAAUACACUGGGAAAAAAAGGUGCACCUGCCAUUGUGUGUUUUAGAUAAGAGGAAGAGAAGUGAAGAAUGCAUUCCUACUGCUCCUCAUUAUAGAACCAUCGCUCCUCCAUCACCGUCAGAUUACACUCACUCAUUUCUUUCAUAUACAUUCACCGCCAAAAAUAUAAAUAAUCUGCCGUGUUCCUGUUGCGAGGCCCCGCGUGGGGAAGGUGCAGGAGAACGAGUGGGGGUGUAUAUUGUACUAUAUCUCAUUAUUCAGCCAUUAGCCUGCUCCUUUCUAGGGAAAUGCUACGCUUAAAGAAAAUAUCCUCCUCACAACUGAGCAAUAAAUUUAAUUAAGCCGCCACAUCAGCUCUGCCAUUUUGGGGGAAAGGCGUUCAACAAUCGCUGUAAUUGUUUCCGUCCCUAAUUGUUUUUUAAAUCAAAUAAUUUUCAACGUGUGUGUGUGUCUGUGUGUCUGUGUUCCACCUUGCAAAGCAUUAGUGCGCGAUGUGUGUGAGUGUGUGUAAACACCAGCAGAUGUUUGGAAUGCGUCCUCACAACAUCUGGACGGUGUAAAUCCUGCAGAAACACUGCGCUCAGUGGAUUUAGAGGAGGAAUAAUGUCUUCAGGAGAAUGUUUCUGACAGUUUUUCAUUUGCUUGUUUGCAUAUAAGUGGAGGAUUUAUUCUUGCUUUAUGGAAAACAAGUGGCGGCACCAAAGCUCGAGUAUUUAUCUGGAAUAAUCAGAGGUGGUGGAUGGGGUUAAAGUGUGUGCGCGCUCCCCUCUGGCACGCUUGCCCCCACUCCCUCCCUCCGUCAGCUCUCUCUCUCUCCCUCUCUGUCGCUCUCUCUCUCCUUUCCUCGCUCUUACUCCAAUCACCCCUUCUCCUUCCCUCAAGGACCUCCCCAGCUUCCCUUGCCCCGCCUCCUCUCUCCAUCCCUCUCCUCCAUGCCUCCUUCCUUCCUUCCCUCCUCCCCGUAACCAUUUGCAUGCCUCGGCAUCCCCACCUCCUUUCUCCAAGUAAACAGAGGAGAGAAGAACAGAAGCAUCACUUUGCCGCCUGUGCACAUUAGCCUCCCACACACACACACACUUUCCACGCCGAUCCGCUCUGCUCCAGUGUGCGUGUGUGUGUGUGUGUGUGAGUGUGUGUCAGCAUCCCUCGUCGGUAUCCGCUGAAGUAGUAACUCUACGACUGGCCGCCGCUGCCGCCGCUGACAGUAGUGAAGAGAGGGAGGGGAGAAGAAGUAGCGAGGACAGAGAGAGCUUGACAGACUGAAGCGUGUAAACAGAGUGUCUCUAUGAGUAAGGGGUCCCGUCUCCACAUGCUGUGCUCUAUGGCAAACUCUGGCUGUGUUCUGCUGUCCGGGACCGGGAUGUUACCCCACUCUCUUCAAUGCCCCCCUGCUUUCCUCUAUCUUCCCCAGGGUAACCAAGAGGCCCCAGCUCCCCCCGAAGCCAUGGCCCAGCCCUUCCCACCGGCGCAGUACCCUCCUCCACCACAGAAUGGGAUCCCCGCUGAGUACGCCACGCCCCACACUCACCCGCCCACUGACUUCACAGGCGCGACCACGGUGGCCGAACACGCCCUGACGCUGUACACGCCUACGCACACGCAGAGCGAACAACCGGUAAAUGACAGCAAUACCCCCGCCCUCACAGCCAACACAGUAACGCAGGAGGAAGUUGCACAGACGGAGGGAUCCCAGCAUCUGCACCUGCAGCCGAACGACUCCUCAGAGAAGCAGCAGCCCAAAAGGUUACACGUCUCCAACAUCCCGUUCCGAUUCCGAGACCCUGACCUGCGGCAAAUGUUCGGGCAAUUUGGCAAGAUUCUGGAUGUGGAGAUCAUUUUUAACGAGCGCGGCUCCAAGGGUUUUGGGUUUGUAACAUUUGAAACUACAGCAGAUGCCGAUCGCGCACGGGAGAAACUUAAUGGUACAAUCGUAGAGGGACGCAAAAUCGAGGUUAACAAUGCAACAGCGAGAGUAAUGACCAACAAAAAGGUGGCAAACCCUUACACAAACGGCUGGAAGCUCAAUCCCGUGGUCGGCGCAGUUUAUGGUCCAGAGUUUUACGCAGUGACAGGGUUCCCGUACCCAAGCACAGGAGCAGCAGUGGCCUACAGAGGAGCCCAUUUGAGAGGUCGGGGGAGAGCAGUCUACAACACGUUCCGUGCUGCACCUCCUCCACCACCGAUCCCUGCGUACGGAGCUGUUGUCUACCAAGAUGGUUUUUAUGGCGCAGAAAUAUAUGGAGGAUAUGCAGCGUACAGAUAUGCCCAGCCGACUGCGACUGCUGCUGCUGCCUACAGUGACAGCUACGGCAGAGUCUAUGCAACAGCAGACCCAUAUCACCACACGAUUGGACCUGCAGCCACAUACAGCGUUGGCACCAUGGCUAGCCUUUACAGAGGAGGGUGCAGUCGCUUCACUCCCUACUAGAAAAGAGGGAGACACGUUCCGCAACAAAUCAGGCAAAUAAACAAACAAAAACGACUAAUGAAAUCACUAAAUCUCCACCUUCUUCAUGGAACAGUGAAAGCGAAAAGCUUCCAGGUGGCAAAUGUAACCCCAAAAUGCCAGUCACUUAAAGUGUAUAUGUCGUCUUCAAUGGAUGUAAUGUAUUUAUUUUGGGGGAGAUUUCAAUGUAUACGCUCUGAAAUGUCUGUUUUGGGGGUGAAAAAAAAAGAGUUUAUAGAAUCUCUUCCUUCCUCGCUGAUGUCGGCCUCAGCUCCUUUGGGGUUGCUUCACCGCUGGUUUUAAUUCCAUCUCAUUUCCGACCUUUAUUGUUCCAAUUCGUCAUUUGGCUCGUAUACAUUAAGAGCAGUAAUGUUCAGCAAAAUUCACAUUGGAUUUAUUAAGUAAAUGAUGCAGCCAUUUGCACCCCGAGAGAAAGAGCGCCACAAUAAGUGAGCCAACGAGCGGAGCUGAGUCUCAGCCCGACUUAAUGGGACUCAGAAAUGUUUAGCCCAAAGAAGGUGAGGCGGCGACAGAAUGCUUGCAGGAAGUGAUGCAUAAUGAAAGCCCAGUGGUGAGGAGGACGAGUGUGAUCUAUGACUAAAUGUUAGCGCAGGAGGAAGUGAUGUAUAGCGGGGUGUGGAGGAAGAGCUAUGGCCGCCAUUGGGGAAUGGGCAGCAGCGGCGUUGGAGCCAAUUGAUUGUUGGCGCAGCGCCACAGGCAGGAGAUAUCCCAUUACUGCUCAAUGGCUUUAAAGGAGAAAACAACAUUAUUUCUGCACAUUUCUCACAGUUCUACGUCUUCUCAUGUCCUGCACAUACUAAGCAAUAAUCCCACAUUUGCUGCAUAUGCAAAAAGACUGAAAUAUUGCACAGAGUGUGGAAUAGGAUCCUUGGUUUACGUCAUGUUUUACCCUCCGAGCAGGACGGACUCAUGAAGCUGACACUUGAGGUUUCUGUCUGGGAGGUUUUAGACUGGGAGGUUUUGCCUGUACUACGCUAGUUUACGUAGCUAUCACACACACACACAAAAAGUCCAUCAAUAUAUAAAUGCUCCCAGCGAUUUAAGACUUUGUUUCUUUAUUACUUUCUUUAUUUAUUUUGUCUCUCAUGACCAAAGAUAAUUUCACUUUUGACAGGAUGCAAUUUUAGUCUACAAGGCAUUUUAAGUCAUUGCCAUAUUAAGCUUGUUCCUUUAUGAAACAAACCCUAAUUUGAGGGUUGGACCAAAGCAAAAGGAAACAAAACAAACAAAAUGACAUACUACUAAGAGUCGUUUUCCUGGUGUAACAAACAACUUUUAAAUGACAAGAUGUCUCCCUCACUUAUUUAAAUGUGUAUUAAAGAAAGACGGAAUAAAGUUUGAAGUUCAUGUAUGAAGUAGGGACUAAUUCCUUCAUAUAGAUUAAUUAAUCUCAGAAAAAAACUAAGUGAUGAAAAUAACAGAUUAUCGGAACAAGUUUCCGAAUUGCACCACACGAUACAAUGUGAUGUCAGGACCAAAACAUCCAUGAUGAAGGAGGUGACAUGAGAUUUUACUGAUGGAUGGGAAAUUAAAGCUCUUCAGGAUACUUCAGGAUCCAAGCACAAAAAAAAGUUGCUCAAUCAAUUGAAAUUUUUAAUCUCAAUGAAUACAGAACAUACAGAACAGUCUUUAGAAGAGGCUCUGAGGAGGCUCAACAACAUGCUAAAAACAUAACAUUGUGAGCGUUACUGCCCACUGUGGUGUUGAUAAAAGCUUCCUGUAAGUUAUAUUUAGGACAGAUACAAAAUGUGGAAGUUAACUCAGCUUUAGUGCGUUUAAUUGAAAUUAAAAACUGACAGAGCAAAGAGUUCCGUCAUCAGGGGAGCACUUCGCCUGAUGUUGAAGCUACAUUUAAGAUACAUCUAAAUUUGAUCAUUCUCGGGUCAGAUUUUAAAAAUGCGAUUAAUCGCGAUUAAUUCACUAUAAAACCUUGAAUUGAUUCAAAAUGGAAACCAGGCUGUUGGCUUUUUUUGCCGGGAAAAGGCCCAGUGAAAGUGGCCAGCCAGUUGAGAAUGGCUGAUCUAGAUAGACAUGGAUGAGGAGGUCAAUAUCAGGAACAAACCUUGUCCACCCUAAACUUUACACUGAACUCGCCGAAGACAGAGCACCUUGUCAUUCAUCAGUGCGCUAGAAAACGUCACCAGCGAAUUGAUAGUGUGAGUCGGGAGGACGACGUCUUGGCUCGAGGAGUGUCAGCAGUUCAUACAGGUAUAUUUAAAGGAGUGUCAUCGGAGCUGAAGUCAUGCUGUGACUGCAUUUCUGCUGGAGUUGUGCAAAUCACAAUCACAAUUUUCAGUGAGACAGCACUUGGUGUUACAUGUGAAGCUCAUUUCCGAAGAAAUAUGGGCAACACCGAAUUAAAAAAUCCAAUCCACCCGCACCAUACAUCAGCUACGACGACCUUUAAUUGAUUGUUUCUAAUAAAUAACUGGGUUGUCCCUCUGAAAAAAAAACAAAAACUGGAUUGUUGGAAGUGUAAAAGUAUCUUUGUCUGUGAACCAACAAUCGUAAAACAAAUGUGUAUCUUUACUCUUCUUUAGUGACUCGUACUUAAAUCCUCCCCAGAACUCCUGGCUGAGCACUGUAGCCAGAUCUGCAUACUAAUGAUCAAACCUCAUGGUGCACACUUGCCAGCUCUUUCGCACAGGCCAAAAAAGAAAGGCAGCGAACUCCUCCUAAUGCUCCCCAGCCAAUUCCCUCUCCUCCACUCACAUAUACACAAAAAACACACAUACCAUCUCUCUCACCAGUAAAUAGCAUCUGUGCCUGCUGCGUCUGAUGGGAUCGUAAAGACGGGGAAUCAGUAGCCCAGGAAGAAAGGGUGUGUGAAGAGGAGCAGUAUCCGAGGCAAUUUACGCCUCAGAUUAGAGAUAAGAGAGUUCAGUCAAUAAGCACUGAUCUCAUUUGAAGAUAUAGCAGGCCAACUAAACGCACCCAAACACACACAAUUGCUGCCACUGUCUGUGUGCAGGUCGUCCUUCCUCUGGCUCGUCUUUGGCUGCAGCAGCGUAAAUAUGGAUUGAGCCGAUCUUGUAUCUCUGUCUGGACGCGCCUUCGCUUUACAUAAGCAAACGCUGCCAUCAGAUAGCUGCGUUCCACAUCAAUAGUUGUUUGGUAUGAUGUCAACUCUUUUCCACGCGGCAACACGUCUGUUUUCAUUCAUCAGAUUGUCAUUUAAGUGAAGACGUUAUCGAGUGAAGGGCUUGCUUCUUUUCAAGAUCCAAAUCUAGCGGUCGCUAAUGCUAUCGCUGUCGACGACACAUUACCUAUUCGGAAAGAUGAAUCACUGCAUCAGUGUGAUGACAAACGAAACAAACAUGAUGUGAUCACAGUUUAAUGGACAGAUUUUCUUUUUAAAUGCGAAAAUUCAUUUUUUAAAAUGACGGUAAAAUUGAUUAUUUAGCAGAUUUAUAUUUCCAGUCGCCCCUCUCUGUUGUUCCAGCUUCUUCCUCUGGAACCUUCUAGUUCUAUCUCACACUCUUCAAAAACUUUUUUUUUUUUUUUUUUGUCCAUGGCUGGUUUUGGGUUAAAAGAAAUGCCUUUACAUGCUUGCAUAACUGAACACAAGUUGAGAAUAGUCAAUAAGAAGCAGUAAAGUGGAGCAAGGAUCUCAGACACCGAGGGUCCUCGACCCCUGACAGAGUUUUCCACCACAGUACACUUGCCGUCUCUCACCAUUCCUUUGACCUCUCAGCACCAAGACAGACACCGGGCAAUGUCAAUUGAAAUACUGUGGACAAAAGCCACAAUUGCUGGUGCGUUUCAGUUGCCUCGGAAGUUGAAAGUCGGAGCUGGGAAUGGCAUCACUGCUGAUUUCAGUGUGUUCCAGUUACCAAAGUUGGAAGUCGAUAGUCGUUGUUAGCACGGUCAGCAUUGUAGUUUGCAUAUGAAAUUACACCUAAGAAACAUUUCAGUGUAGCUAUGAUAUUACAGGAGCUCGACUCACUGCUGACACUAUGGACGGACGUACUCAGGGUAGUGGGAAUUGUCCCUCCUUCUGACUGGGGAAUGACAUCAGAUGACACCAUCGAGGGGCCGGAGCUGGGAAUUACCUAGUUCCGUGCAUAGCUGAAACAUACCAUAAGAACAAAAUGCAACCCGAACACACGCUAUUUUAAAUGAUUUGUGGGAACAACAAAACUCAUAAAUACAGUUUGAGCUUGUCACUCCUCAAAGGUUAGACGUAGAAUCUCGAUUGGCUGAAACCGUCACAGUUUAGUUAGUUUCUUGGACCUUGUCAUCUAUGGCACCAAAUGUAGUAUUUGCUCCUUGUGAUUGUUUAUAGUUCAUUUAAUAAAUCUAUGAUUUCUGUCAGUAUACAAAUAAAAUGCUUUGGUGAUGCAUGUAUUUUAAAAAGAAGAUGGAAACCUCCUGCAGUACUAGCAUUUUUACCUCCUGGAACACACAACACAGCUGCAAAAGUACCAACCAAUCAUGCACACAUUGUGGUGCAGACAACCCGCCCCAGAGUGUUUAACAAAAAAAUCUAAAUAUGAAGGAAGCUCUUACUUUCUAUGUCAUUUCAUGAUUCAAAUUAAACUGACCAGCUAAUGUAAAUAUGAGGCGACUCGAUAACAACGGUUAUAACAAUUGGGUCAGCUUGGACUCCACAGAUUGCAUGAUCAUCUAUUGUGGAAAAAAUAAAUGUAGCUCUUAGUUGUUCAAAUGACUAUAAGAAAAAAAAAAACAUCUUUUUGUAUUUUUAAUAAAUGAUGUACUAGUGCCAGAGAUAUUUCUAUUUAAACAUUAUAUUUAUUAGUUGCUUGUGUGUAGUAAAAUACGCUAUAGUGUGUUGUUUUUAGCUCAACAGACCAUUAAAAAGACUCACUUGUAUGAAAACAGAGAGGACAGUGCAGAAAAUACCUCUGGGCUGUGAAGCCUCUGGAUUCUAAACAUGACAUGAGAGUCACAUAAGAACAUGGACAUUAUACAGGUAUGUACAAAUGCAACAUUACACGGAGUAUAAUAAACAUUUAGCGAUGAUGGGAUAUCAUCUGGUAUUUAUAUUCUUGUAAAUAAUCAAAUGUAUGUCUUUAUUCAUCAUUGUCUCAUGCACUUUACAAUUUUGGAAGAUUUAUGUUGUUCAAGUGUAUCAUAGGAAAAAGAUGGAAAAGCAUUUAACACUUAUUAUACUGCAGUUUAGUGAGCCAACAUAUUGUACCAUAAACUUUAAAAAAAAAAAAAGAUGUAUCACCGAGACUGAAAAUGAAAAAUUUGUAUUUCCUUUUCUAGUUCUGCUGGUGGUGAGGGGUCUGAUAAAGGCAGCAUUUUAUAUUGACAAUGAGUGUUGUGAAUUGUGUGUCCUUUAUGUGUACGUGGCCUCAUUAUACUGUGUCUCGUCGCGCCAUCUGGUUAUUUACUUGGUUAUUUUUAAACAAUUUAUUUUAAGUCAUUUUUUCUCCAUCUGUUUUUUUUAAACAGACUCAGAGUCGAGCAGGUGGGAGGUUCGUGCAUGGAGGGGGUUAUUUUCCGGGCACAGUGGAAUGAUCCCUUUUCUGUUCUGUAAAGUGCCGGAUGAGAUUUUCUUUUGUCUUAUUUGCCCAAACAAAUUCAUUUUUGAAAAGAUUUUAAGUGCGUACCAGCUCAACUCAGACUGCAGGAGUUUAGCUGAUCUCACGAUGUUUUUCUGUGUUGGUGAAGAGCACCAAAUAAUUGGCAAAGGAAGUGAACAUCGGGGGCACGGUGUUCCAGGCAUAAGUAUUUUGAAGUAAACUUCCAACAGUUUAUAUCCUCAUAAUAGUUUCCUGCCUUUGCCGUUAAUCAUUUUAAGUGUUUCUCAUCUCAACACAAACGCUCAUUUCAGUCUCCUGCAGUUUGAGAAUGGCUCCACCUUGACUCGACAGAAAUGAAAGCUACAUUUAAACAACUGCCAAUGAAAAUUCCAAAUGAAAAUUAGAUUGUUCUUUUCAAGCCCCAGACUUUUUUUUUUUUUUUUAACUUAUUGAAGUAUUAAUAAUGAGGCAGUCGACAGGUCAACAAUCACUGCCGAGUCAGCUUUUAAAUCAUCAGUGAAAUUUGCUCUCUUAUGCAGUCAUUUGUAAAAUGGCAUAAUGGGCGUCCAUCCAAAAACAAAUGCUUUCUGGAUUUGUUAGGCUGUUUGUGUUUACGCCAGCACAUUUACUCCUUCGCCCGCUUAACCACAGUCGAUACAACACACCCAAACACACACACACAGUUAAUUAAGAGGUUUACCAGUUGCGUCCCUGUGGAGGAGUUUCUCUCGCACUAAACAUGAAAUUGGAAAUAGUCCGUCACCACAUCACUUUGAUUUUCACCUGUGGAAUCAGUAAAGCAAAAGAACAUUGUAUUAUGUUUGGCCCUCGUGAUUAAGACCUAAAUGGUUUAGUCUCGGACUGGACUUGGGUAUCAUGAAACAGUACUGCAAGGUUGAUGAAACAGUCUCCUCAUUGUCAUUGGCCACUGGAUGGCGCUUUUGAUGUAGAAAUAAUGUGUGGUUUUAUCAAAUUAGUCGUCCAAAUCCAAACUUUUCACUGCAGACAGUGCCAUCCGGUGGCCUCUAAAAAUGAGAACACUGUCUCAUGAAACCUCACCGAACCAUCACUACUGGACAGCCAUUAUUAUUUCCUCAUCCUACUAUAAUAUUGUAAAACAAAAACUUGGCAUACAAAAUGAGAGAGUAUCCCAAAAGUAACUGUACCUAGAGUCUCAAUUUGUCAGUUAAAACACAUUCAUAUUUCAUGUGUUUCCUUCUUUGAUGACUUUGAUGAAAUGUUUGCGGUAAAUGAUUAUGGCAUGGUUUUUAUCAAUGUUAGUUUUUUCAUUUGGACUUUGUUAAGCUGAACUCAAGAAAAGAUAUUUCAAUCAGGCUGGAAAUCUGCAGAGUGAGAGUAAUCUAUAUGUGAGCAACUAAGUCAUGAUUCCCUCAAAUUGUAUUCCAUCUUUUCAUGGGAUUUGCUCUUAAAUAUGUUCAGAACGUUCUAGAUUUUUUUAUUCAUUUAUUUAUUUUUAUUUAUUUAAUUAUUUAUUUGAUUUGACUGACAUUGAAUACCAACAAACAAACAAAACAAUCCUGGAAUUAUUGUAAUAACAUGAUAAUAACAAUCAAUAUAAACACUUAAAACAUACUAAACUCAACUGUGUAAUUAGUUAUUUAACAAUGAACAUUAUGCAUUUGUUGUUGGGAAAAAAUAAAAAAGGAUUUCACACAAAAACAUCAAGGUUUGAUGCCAACUUUAAGGAGCUUUGAUAAAACGACGCUAUUUUCAUCUGGCUCUGAUAAAGAAUAUUCACUUCCAAAGAGGGUUUUUGCAACACUUGAUUCCACAUUUCCUUUAGUGGUCUUCAUCACAAGUGCAUGCCAGACCUUUGUGAGCCAGUGUGUGCAGCAGAAAGCCGCAGAGACUUCCCUCUGUGGGAUUGUGGGUGACAGACCCUCGAGUCAACAGACUUAUGAAGAGAGCAGCUUCUCCAAUCACAAGAGCCACAGGGGAGCCAAUUUAAAGGCCAGAUAUUUUUCAUAAAGCCGUAGCAGAACUUAUCACGGCCAUUUCCAGCCAGUAGCCGUGUUAAGAUGCAGCUGGUCCACGUCAGGCAUCUCCAGAGUGCUUUUUACGCCCGUUCAACCACAAAUGUGCCUGUUUCCGAUUGUUGGCAGUCUUUUUAAUGUGUUGCCUCUCAUUUUCUGUAAAUUAUUCACAUGGCCAGAGCGUCUGAGGUCGAGGUUUAUAUCACAAUGAAAAAAAAAACGGUUUCACAGAAGUUUGAUGCAUGUUUUUUUUUUUUUUUUUGUAACCAAUGUACUAAUAUAUCUAGUUAUUUGUAUUUUAGUAAUUUAUGAUGAGUAUUUGUAAAAAAAAAAAAGGGUUUUUUUUCCUUAUGUAGUUCAUCUCUUGUCUCUAUGCAGAAAAUACCCAGUGUUUAACUGUUUAUCCUCAAUUGUCAAUAUACAUUGUCGUCAAAGAGACACUUUAUUCCUGUCUUUAUUUACCCCUGAAACUCACUCAUCCUCUCACUUGUCAGUGAUUUUCAAUAUGUUCUGAAUCCCACAGACCCGACUGAGUCCCUGUUACUUGGUAUAAUUCACUGCAAAAGUCUCACAUACAUAAAUAAAAUAAAAUCAUGAAUUUCUGCCGUCUAUCUCCUGCCAUUGCAGCAAAGUGAACCAGGAAGGAAAACAUCCACACUUCCCUCUUGUUGUGUGACGUCUAAAAUUGUGGUCCUCAUAUGAGGUGUCUCCCAUUCACACUACAGAGUCUCUGACUAGGCAAGUGGUUAUUGAGCCAAGGUGGAUUUUGUCCCGGAUGUCUCCAACAAGCGCACAGCAGGAGGUGUGGAACUUUGCUCAAGUUACAGUAGACAACGAUGAAACAGUCUGUUGAAAUAAAAUCAGCGGUAUUUGGAAAGAAAACAACUCGACAAAAAGACACUAUGACGCUGACAUUUUCAACUCGAUCAACAGCGUUUGACAGAGCCAGCUGCCACAACACACUCUCACUAUUCUCAUUCCUAAUGCGUCACUUAUUGACUUUUUCGUCUCAGGGUAACCCAAAAGUUAGCCUUCCGUGUUGGGCGUCCAAAUACUGUACUGCAAAGAUUCCUAUCAUACAUUGCACCCUACCACACCACACCACAGGAAAA